ACGCGACGUAACGACAAUCGCGUUCCAGGCUGACAUCCAACUCACCAGGAACUGGCGCUCACUCUUCCUGCAGCAAGCCUCUCUCGUAUUUUUCAUCAGGCAUAAAUUAAAUAACCUUAUUACAAGAAAAUAACACCGUGAUUGUACCGCCAGGUCGUUUCCUCAAAAACCAAUACAAAGUCAAUAGAUUUCCAGCCAGCAAACUCAGAUCGUCGCCUUGAGCUUUGUCUUUGAGACAUAAGACAAGGCGACGGAGAAAGGAAUAUGUCAGAAUGAGAUAAGUGGUGAAUGAAAUAAAGAUCCUAUCUUUCUCUUCUAGAACACCCGACAACUUGGCACUUCCUCCUCCUCCUAUCUAAAUUCUGACAUAUCAGACGCCACUUCAGUAAACGCCGCCCAACCUGUGACUCAAAUUCAGCCAUCCUCACACUCCGGAACCUCAAUAAUUUCCCGUGCGGAUGAUUGGUCACCUCAGCUAGGGCCUGUCUCACAACGUUACACCAAACGAAAAUAUCGAAAUGACGACUACAAUGUUUGUCCAAUUUCCCGCAUUCACCAUUACUUCCAUUUUCUCUCCAGGAAACUAAAUUCACUUCACGUUCGUUGUCAUGAGUUCUCAUUCAUGUUGAGUAGUGAUGUGAGAGUGACCGAAACUGCCGCCAAACGCCUCUGACCGGGGUUAGUCACACAGCGGAAGCGCCUUUGUUGACACCUCAUCAGACAGGCAGAACUCUGCGUCUGCAUCACACUUCUUUGUUCACUUCUGUCAUUACCCAAUAGCGCGAUUCUACAGCUCGGCUAUACUAAUAUCUAUUCCCCUUCCUCUCGUUAUACCUAUCUCUCAACUCAACUCAAAUCAACUACUUUUGGCGACACUCCUUGGAUAGCAAACUUUUCAUCCGAUUCUGCCGCAACUUUCAUCGCGACACAGCGAUCUCAAUAGUAAUGUCUAAAAAAGUGCUCGAGCCAUAUCUUUCUCUCAUGGCUACGCCUGAGGAAGAAUGUAUGUUGACUCCACUUCAACGUGUCAACUUUCGCUCACAAACCAAAGUCGCGGAAGACUACGACGAUUUGAUUUUCAUCGGCGCCUACGACAUCCAAAUAGAAUCUCAUAUACAGAACAAGAAAACAAGCGACGUCUCUUUCCGGAUAAAAUUCAAGUUCAGCCCAACCGACACCUGGUCUCGUGGCUGGGCGGAAGAAAUCGAUCUUCAGAAAUACUACCAAGACAUCGUCCUCAACUACUGGCGCAGCAUCGGUGGGCGCUGUGAAGCGACGAAAUUCCAGAUGUACAAAAUACUCAGAAUAAUAGCGGAAGAGAAGAACAAGUAUCGCGUGCAGUGGGUUGGCUAUAAUGCGGAGGAGGAUACGAAUCUGGAGCCCAAGAAGAAGGUCUGGUCGAUCGCGCCUAAAGCUGUCCUUGCGUGGAAGACUCGCGCAGUGGAAUAGCUUGUACGGCGUUGGGCAUGAAGAGGCAAAAAAAGUGAUUUUUUUCUGAUUGGUGGCGCCAGGAUACCCAGCAUUGUUUUUUUGAGCAGGCGUUUUGGUAUUUAUUAUGUUGGCUACAUCAUACCCAUAGCGUGUUCUUUCUUUUGUUUUCACAGCCUCGCGCAAGCGAAAGUUCAGUAAAUUAAUAUCAUCUCCAGAGCCAAGCAAUAGCGCUCUUAAAUUCCCAAGUCCACAUCUCAGUUAUCCUCGAUUGCUUUUCCCUCUUGCUGACGAAUCUGUUCCUUCGCGA